GAACUUUUAAAACAUCAAGCGAUGAACCAUUGUGAACCAUGAGAAGUGAGCAAAAGAAAAUAUCGCUUCUCUCUUUUUCUCCAAGUAUUCACCUAAGGCUAUGACAGCACGAAAGAACAAAUCAGCAGCAGUAAGAAACUGCAUGCGUUUACGCAUGGUUAUUAAAACUCUUGUGCGGUUGUUCCAUCAGGAGUCUAAAGCUGGAGGAAACCACAGAGCUGCUGGAAGAUUUCGCGGGACCGAAAGAUCAUCUGUUUUGGCAUUUCUGAUCGGAAAAAACCCUGUGCUCAAAUGUCUGUACGAGGCGCACCCCGCAGAGUGGCCGGAUCAAGGCCUGUCGGUAGAACUGGCAGCUGCUGUUUGGAAUGAGGACACUAUCGCGUUUGUGUUAAGAUCUAACUAAUUGGUUUAAUUAAACAUGACAUAGAAAAACUGAAA